GCGAGCGCGCCGCUGUUUUUGCGUGACCUGAUUGGAGAAUUAGACCGCGCCGCUCUUCCAUCAGCUCCGUGUCUACCCGGUAACCCGGUCCACUCACACAAUCAUUCAGACCACCCCACCACACCCAAUUUCCCCGCUACCGGCAUCUACAAUCGUCCACCCGAGUCGAUGCUAGCUGAAAAAAGAAGAGCAGAAAUUAUGUCGGUCUCGGUGGCGUUCAUUGGAGUGCUGAUGCUUCAUUUGGUCUCCUCACAGAACGAGCCUUCCAUCAACUCGUCGGACCACAUCAUGCUGCCCACUGAUCACCACAGCCUGCCCAUCACUUUGCAGUGCAACCUAACUUCAGCCCACAGUGCCCACAAGGAGAGCUUCUGGAUGAAGAAUGGGGAGGAGAUCCAAGAGACCCGCGGAGAGAGAGCCAACACUGAGUACUACCUGAAGAAGCCCCGAGGAGAGGAUUCAGGGGAGUACAUGUGUGUCUACACCUUCGAUCAGGCCCCGUCUGCUAACGCCACCAUCGAGAUUAAAGCUGGUCCUGACAUCAUAGGCCACAAGCGUAGUGACAAUAAGAAUGAGGGCCAGAAGGCCUUGCUAUACUGUAAGUCCACUGGCUACCCCUACCCUAUCUGGACCUGGCGCAAACUGGACAACGGGUUCUACAUGGACAUCAACAACUCCUCCGGCCGUUUCUUCAUUAACAACAAAGACAACUACACUGAGCUGAGCAUCAUCAACCUGGACAUCGACUCCGACCCGGGGGAGUACCAGUGUAACGCCACCAACAUGAUCGGCACCUCGUCCAUCGUGUCUGUGCUGCGGGUUCGGAGCUACCUGGCCUGGCUUUGGCCUCUGCUGGGCGUCCUGGCCGAGGUCGUUAUCCUGGUCAUCAUCAUCGUGGUCUAUGAGAAACGCAAGAAGCCAGACGAUAUACAAGACGAUGACGAACCAGCUGGACCCAUGAAAACUAACUCCACCAACAACCACAAAGACAAGAACCUUCGUCAGAGGAACACAAACUGAGCAGAUUGAUGUCUCAUUAUUAAUAAUAACAUAUUAUACAUGUAUUGACCAUAUGAAGGUAACCAGGAGAGGGAUCCAUAGCAAUGUGUUAAUGAGGAGGAGGAAGAGGAGGAGGAGCUACUGUAAAUGUCUGUAUUGUAUGAUGAGGCAUGCCUUCUGAUUUGAUUAUCUGUUUAUCGUGUGAUGGGGGUGAAGAAGGUGAUCAAUGAAUGUGAUCCCCAUAACAUUAUGAAUGGUUUACGAAGUGUCUAUGAAGCAUUAUAACCAUUGUGGCUGCAUGCAGUUAUUGAUUGUUGCUGUUUAUUUAUUUAUUAUUUAUUCUUAUCAGAUUCUUGUCAUUUUCUAUUUUUUUUAAACUAAUUCUGAAGUAAUGCAUGCAAGGUAUUCUAACCUUCUGUUUGGUGUUGACAUGACAUGACUUUUUCCUCUCCGUCUCAAAGGGCACCCUAGUCCAUAUACAGUGCACCACUUUUUGACCUGGGGCCUGGGUCUCAAAUCCAAAAUGGCACCCUAGUCCCUAUACAGUGAUCUACUCUUGACCAGGGCUCACAGGGUAGUGCACUGUAUAGGACAGGGGUAUUCUGACCCUACUGUAUAGGACAGGGGUAUUCUGACCCUACUGUAUAGGGCAGGGGUAUUCUGACCCUACUGUAUAGGACAGGGGUAUUCUGACCCUACUGUAUAGGGCAGGGGUAUUCUGACCCUACUGUAUAGGGCAGGGGUAUUCUGACCCUACUGUAUAGGACAGGGGUAUUCUGACCCUACUGUAUAGGGCAGGGGUAUUCUGACCCUACUGUAUAGGACAGGGGUAUUCUGACCCUACUGUAUAGGGCAGGGGUAUUCUGACCCUACUGUAUAGGACAGGGGUAUUCUGACCCUACUGUAUAGGGCAGGGGUAUUCUGACCCUACUGUAUAGGACAGGGAUAUUCUGACCCUACUGUAUAGGACAGGGGUAUUCUGACCCUACUGUAUAGGACAGGGGUAUUCUGACCCUACUGUAUAGGACAGGGGUAUUCUGACCCUACCGUAUAGGACAGGGGUAUUCUGACCCUACUGUAUAGGACAGGGGUAUUCUGACCCUACCGUAUAGGACAGGGGUAUUCUGACCCUAUGAGGUCCGGAGCACUGCUGGUUUUCUGUUCUACAUGAUAAUGAUUUACACCCACCUGAUGUCCCAGGUCUAAAUCAGUCCAUGAUUACAGGGGAAUAAUGGGAUCAUUUUUUUGAUGAAUUUGAGGGAUAGACUUUUAGAGUAAAAGGUGCUAUCUAGAACCUAAAAGGGUUCUUCGGCUGUCCCCAUAGGAGAACCCUUUGAAGAACCCUUUUUGGU